UGAUCUGAAUACUGUCUAUUGCCGCAGUUAAAACCAUUUUCUCGUUGCAACUCAAAUACAUUUCAUGAUGCAGCUCUUCAGAAGGAAGUCAAGUGCAACCAUUCGUCCUUCAUCUACAGAAUCAACCUCAUCUUCUCCUCCUUCCCCCAGUCCUUCGUCGUCAUCGCAAGAGACCAUUCCUAGUAUUCCGCAUCGACUCUUCAGGCGCAAGUCAAGCGCCAACAUCCGAUCGUCUACCGACUCUACUUCCUCACAAGAGACUCCCCCCAGUCCUCCACGUCGACUAUUCAGACGAAAGUCCAGUGCUACUAUUCGUCCUUCAACAGCAGCCGAAGCAACGACAACAAGUACUGCGUCGUCACAAAACAACCCUCCAUCCCCAACUUCUCCACGUCCAUACACCUCAGCCGCUUCACCACCCCCAAUACCAACACAGUUCCUCCAACCAUUACCCGUGCAACCAGCCCUAGAAAAUCCUACCAUCACACAUCUUACAGCUACAUUAUCCGCCAACCCCAACCGUGUCUCCAAUCGCUUCAGCACCACCUCAACCUUAUUCGAGCGUGAGGUCCCACCACCUCCACCUCGACCAUCACCCUUGGCACAGAUCCAACAGUCACCCAUCGAAGCAUAUGUCACACAAGCACGAGAGACUGAUCUUCAGCGACUGGGAUACGAUGCCAUGAUGGCACUUGCAUGGGUACAGGCCGAAGAAAGGAGGAGAGCGGCAACUAGUAGAGGUUGGCAACAUGAUCCAUGGAGAGGUGGAUUCGGACCUUCUCGUCCUGCGGAGCGUGUCAGACCCGCGCCUGUGCCGGCGCUGAGGGUUGAUACUGCCAGUGCUGCUCCUGCAUCGAGUCCAAGGGUUGAGGUUCAAGAGAGAGUUGUUCAGGAGAGGAGCGGGAAUGGACUUCGAGAACGGCUUGGAAGGCGCGGAUUGAUGAAAUCGCAGUCGAUUUUCAAUUUGAAAUGGAGAAUGAGAGAUGUAGUAGUAUAAAAUUGAUGAACAACGAGAUACGA